AUGCUACCCUCGCGUCAGCGGCAAAGUCGGAGCUGCGCCUUCGAAGAGGAGGGCGAUGGGAGUCAGCCAUUGAGUCACCCGGUUACAGUCAUUCCCAACAACAGUCAAGAUGAGCCCAGCCUCGGUUCUUCCGUGCCAGCACACCCCUUCGGUGUCAAACCGCUAGGCAACAAGUACUUUUCGAGCGGCGGCGAGGACGCUCGGAGGUCCCUAGGCGUGCUGCAAAUUCUGCCAGACGAAAUGCUCAUGCAGCUGCUGGAAUACUUAGAUGCGCAUACUUUGAGGCUGCUCGGCUAUACAUGCAAUAGACUCCGCCGCAACACCGAGUACGAAGCAGAGGUGGGUAGAGUGUCAGGUCAUAUCUCCCUGAACCAAUACACGAAGAACAUUCCGGCCGCGAACGAGAUUGAUCGCUUCGAGAAUCUCUCCUACGAGGAAUUCGCGGGGAAGUGGAGCAAGAAGCCGUUCAUUCUCACCAAAUGCAUCCAGGCUUGGUCAGUCACCGAGUCAUGGACACUGGAGAGCCUCCUCUCCCAGUACUCGGAUGUCGUGUUCCGAGCGGAAGCGGUGGAUUGGUCGUUCAAAACCUACCAUCAGUACAUGCGCAACAGCCAGGAUGAGAGCCCCCUCUACCUGUUCGAUCGGAAGUUUGCCGAGAAGAUGUCGUUGAAAGUUGGCAAGGAGGAAGGUGCGGCAUACCAGAGGCCGGACUGCUUCGGGCCUGACUAUUUCGAACUCCUCGGGGCCGAGCGGCCAGCCCACCGGUGGCUCAUUAUCGGACCCGCGCGCAGCGGAUCUACCUUCCACAAAGACCCCAAUGCGACGAGCGCCUGGAAUGCCGUCAUCCAGGGCGCCAAAUACUGGAUCAUGUUUCCGCCGUCGGCAUCCGUACCCGGCGUGUUUGUUUCCAAAGACAGUAGCGAGGUCACGAGUCCGCUGAGCAUUGCCGAGUGGUUGCUGGAGUUCCAUUCGGAAGCCCGCAAGUUGCCCGAGUGCAGAGAAGGCAUCUGCCAGGCGGGCGAGAUUCUUCAUGUCCCGAGCGGCUGGUGGCAUCUCGUGGUGAACCUCGAGGACGGAAUUGCUCUCACACAAAAUUUUGUGCCUGAGACUCACCUUGGUGGUGUCAUGUCCUUCCUGAAGGAUAAGGCAGACCAAGUGUCUGGGUUUGAAAGCGAGGUUGCGGACCCGUAUGGUCUUUUUAUCAGCCGCUUGAAAGAAGAGCGACCUGACUUGCUCGAGGCGGGGCUUAGGCAGUUGGCUGAAAAGAAACGCCGUUGGGAUUCCGUGGUGGGCGAUGACGAGAGCUCUGGAGACCAACCGCAAAAGAAGAACACGGGGUUUAGCUUUGGGUUCGGGUUCGGAGAUGAAGACGAUGAGAUACCUUAG